AAGAAAAAAUUAUAUAUGCCCAUAUGGAAGAUUAUAGAUAAAAGGUGGACUCGACAACUUCAUCAACCACACAAUGCAACAACUUACUAUCUAAAUCCUGCAAUUAGAUUUUCUACUACAUUUAAGAAGGACAGAGAAGUCACACAUGGUUUGUUAAAUUGUAUUUCAGUGUUAGCGGCAAAUUUUAGAGAACAAGAUGUUGUGCACAAUGAGUUGGAUCUAUAUGAUAGUUGUUUUGGGGACAUGGUCGAACCAGGUGCCGUUCGAGCUAGGACAACCAUGCAUUCGCGUAAAUACAUAGAAAUUUUUAAUUUACUUUGCAUUUGUUACAUUUGAUUCUUCUAUGUUGUUUUAACUUUUACAUGAAAUUUGUUUUAUUUUUUUUUAGAUUUGUGGUAGAAUAGGUUUGGGAUUAAUUGUCCAAACCUAGCACGUUUUGCAAUUAAAGUCUUCAGCCAUGUAGUGCUAGUGGAUGCGAAAGAAAUUGGAGUGUUUUUCAACAUAUCCACAACAAGAAAAAGAAUAGGCUCGAACAUAAAAGGUUGAAUGACCUAGUCUUUGUUCGAUAUAAUAUGAGGUUGAAACAAAGACAAUUACAAAAAGCAUCAGCAAGGAAGCACACAUCUCAGUUUGAUCCUAUCAGCUUGGAAAAUUUUGAAGAUCUAGAGCCAUGGAUUGAGGAAGAACCAACUACAAUAUUUGAUGAUGAAAAUCUUCAAUGCUUCAACCUUGAAGCUGAAGCAAGAGAAGAAUUUGUUGAUGAAGGAGAGCCUGCUGAAUAUGUUGCUGAGGAUCUUCAAAUUCAUGGAGAUGAAGAUGAAGAAGAAGAUGGAGAUGAGGAUGAGAAUGAAGAUGAUGAAGAUUAUGAAUGAGACUUAUGGUAUCUCAUAGACUUAUGAAUUUUAUGUGGUAUCCUAUGUCACAAUGGUACCGGUAUGGGUACGGAUACGGGUACGGGUACGGGUACGGCAUUUUUUAAAAUAGUGGUAUGGGUACGGCGACUAUUAUAUAUAAUUAAUUCAAAAAAAUAAUUAUUAUAUAUAAUUAAACCACAAGUUGUAACAAAAAUGUCAAUAAAAAGAGGCUCAUAAUGAAUAAAUUAUCAAUGUUUUAUCUUGUUAAUGAGACUUCUUAUGUUAAAGUAUAAAAAAAACAAAAAAAAUGAAGAAUAAGUAAUUUUUUUGACUUUUUUUAGUUAUAAUGUAGUUUGGAUCUGGAUCCGACCCGGAUCCAGAUUCAAACGUACCGAGCCGUACCACCGUACCGGCGUACCAGUACAUGGUACGCCCCCAAUUGGGCGUACCAUUGUGACAUAGGUGGUAUCUCAUAGACUUAUGAAUUUUAUGACUUGUGCUUUGUAGAAUGAUAUUGACAUAUUGUUAUGAAUUUUCAUGUCUACGAAUGAUG